AGCUUAAAAAAGCUUUCUUGUUUUUUAGUGUCCUGACAUACGACCACUGUCUGUCCUUAGUGACAGGGUAAACCAGACUGCGUUAUGAACGGAAGCGAAACGGUGGUCGUUACAGGGUUUGGACCUUUCAGACAGUUCCCGGUGAAUCCCAGCUGGAAAGCAGCCCAGGGAUUGAAGUUGGCCGGACUCGGAGAGCAGAUUCAUGUUUACAUCAAAGAGUUGCCAGUGAGUUAUGUUAAGACUCAGCAAAUCAUUGCUGAGAUUUGGCAAACUCUGAACCCAAAGUUUGCAGUACAUCUGGGCAUAGCCAGAGGUUCCAGCGUCGUCAUUUUGGAACAAACAGGCAAGAACAGUGGAUACAGAGACAGAGACGUGAGUGGCUUCUGUCCUGAAAGUCACUGCUGUAUGGAAGGAGGACCGGAGAAGCUCUGCUCAGUCAUUAACAUGAGGGCCGUUUCCAAACAGUUCAAAGAAGCAGGGAUGGAUGUCAUUUAUUCAAGAGACGCUGGCAGGUACCUGUGUGAUUUUGCGUAUUACUGCUCACUGUAUCACGGGCAGGGGAGGGCAGCUCUCAUCCACUUGCCCACAUCUGGUGGUCUGGCCUCAGCUGACAGACUGGUACCUCUGCUGCAGACCCUCAUUCAGACCAUGCUCCACCAGCUGGACUACCCCUCAGAAACAGCACAAAGAGAAGACGACAGCGGACUCCUCAAGCCGGCAGUCAGACUGAUGUAGGUCUUAAUAAUAAAGACAUUUUACGCUACACAGGCAAACACCACAUCACCGAAUGAUGUGCACAAAGAAACCGCAGCUUCAGGGGAAAUUAAGUGGAACAAGCAGCUGUAGUUCUCAUUCAUUUAUUUAUUCAAA